AGCAGCAGAACUUUCAGUCUGUUUACCGAUCCAUCUUUGCCAUGAAACGUUUCAAAUGAAACAAAUCUGCUCAAAUUGUCCUGUUCCCUCCUCAGGGUCACCGUGGAUCAGUGUUGAACCUUAGGAACUGUACCUCUGUUGACUCACAAGAGCUCUCAAAAUUCUCAUCUUCUAGUGGAGCAGUUGAGAUGUUAGUGACACAGUGUUACAUUUAAAUCUGCCACUGGAUCUUGUCUUUCCUCAAGUCCAGGUUAGUGCCAAGAACAUCAUGAAGAUUGAGAUCAUCACAUCCUUUAUUUAGUCAGGAGAUCUUAGUGCAACAUCUCACUUGGAUGAUAGCCAUAAAGUAUCAUUUCAGACCACACAAAUUGCUUUACACUAAAGAAUAAUAAAGACCAUCACAUUACAUUACAAUAUAAAUUUUAUUAUUAUUAUUGCAUUGCAAUGCAAAUUUAUAUUGUAAUGUAAUGUAAUGUAAUCAUGCCUUCAUAGACUUGUAGAUGUAGUGUAGAGACUUGUGCCACUAGAUGUAGCUCUAUGAUCACCAAAGCAAACGUUUUGAGUCUUUUUCAUUGUUUGUCCUUCCUGACUGCCCGUAGAGUUGACUGUGUAUCACUGGGAAAAGCCAGGUUGCUUUCAGUGUUCACUGUCUGCUCUGCAGUUAAGUCAGGGCUGGAAGCUUUUUUGUUUUAAAUACCAUGCGGAAAUCCAUUACUGGGUAGAUCAUGUAUUAUGUAUCUGGGAUGAGUAAUAGCAGGAUGGGUCAUAAUUUUGUAUCAUGUUUCUGUAUUUUAUAUGGCUUGCUUUCCACUUGUAUAUGUUGCUAGUCGUGUCAGCCCUGUACAACAGAGUGGGCACCGUCUUCCCUGCAGUUGAUCGAGUUCACGUGCUGAUGUGAAUAAAUAAAUCUCUCAUCACCAUUAAAAGACCGCUUCCAUCUCCCAUGCCAUGUUCUUUCAUGGGACGCACUCACCCCAUAUGCAGCAAACAACACAACGCAGAGUCAAGGAGGGCUGAGUUGUAGUGGAGAAGCGUAGGCUGAGUAAACUUCAUUACGUUCCCUAAGUUAGAAUGGUAAUUGGGCACCCCGGACAAUGCCGUUACACAUUUUGGGCAAUUCAUAUAUUCAUGGCAGAGGUCCGGCGCUACUAAAGUUUUGAGCGACAUUGCACAGGCCCAAUGGAAUUCAGCAAAUCAGAGGACUAGGAAAGCGCUACCUUCCACUAUCCAAGGAUUCGCCACCUGCGUUGUCAGGCCUAUAAAGGUACGUCCCUCUGCUGACCAUAAAACAGAUUAAUUUACCUUAAGUGCUAAGAGAAUAUAAGCAUUAUUAUUAUUAUUAUUAUUAUUUAAACCACGACUGAUCAUUGUUAGAAUAUUGCGUUAUCUAACGUGAACACGUUUUUGUAAUGUUACAAAACGUAAUAUUAAGUUGUAGAGCUGUGCAUUUUGUUAAAGGCUGCUUUGUUUUGUUUCUUAUUUUGUUGUUCAAUGAAUGGUUGAGCAAUGAUUGAGCAGUUACGGUGUUGCAAUAGGAUCAUAUCUCAAAUAGAUGUCAAUGUGACACAAUGUUUUUGAUUGAUCAAUUGCAUACCUGCUAGCCUCCUUUUGGCCCACACUGUAUGUUAGUCACUUUGAACUUUGAAACAUUUUAUUUAACAUUUAAACAUUUUUUUAUGUUGUGUGGGAUCGUUUCUUCACUGUGGCUCACCUGGUCACCAACAAGGCAGGACAAUCUACAACAAAAAAAAAAAAAAAAAACAGCUAAGUCACGUCUGAAAGGCAGUUAUCUAUGGAAGUAUGUUUAUUUUGAGUUUUUCAUUAUAGUACAUCUUAAUAUUGUAAGAGUGUUUUCUUUUUAUUUUGUAGACUAUAUCGUAUACAAGUGACUUGGUUGUAGACCAGAACAACGCUGGGAAAGAAGCGUUUGCAAAGAAAAUAAACAACUAAAUUGCAAUGCUGACAUUGGGAUAGUUGGACAGUUUGAAAUCUUCAGAGAGGUCAGGAAAAGAGUGGCACAUGCGUCUUGACUUCCACCACUGGGUUGGGCUUUCUUUAAAAAAAAAACAACUAAAAAAACAGUGAACCAGUUCCAAAUUCAAAGGUCAUUGUUUGUUGUUCAGGGUGUUUUCAUCUUAUAUGGAUGCAAUGUUACCUAGAAUAAAUGGUUGUCUGUUGUGAUUUAUUUUUAUACUGGUAAAUCUGUUUGGUAUUCGUGUUUUGGCAGCACAUUCAUUGUACGAAUGGCAUGAACUCUAAUGGAUCCAUUUGAAUUUCCUUUUAUUGUUUAGUUUAGAUCAUGGCAGCAUGGAACAACAAAAUUAAAACUUUAUAUCAUCUAUUUCGCCCUUGUUUGAUACGAUUUGUGCGUGUCAGUACUGAAAACAAACAAACAAAAAUUUUAAAUAAAAAUUAAAAAAAAUUUUAUUUGUAAGUAUUUCAGUGACAGCUAGCCACUACAGAGUCUGAUGGACAUAGGAGUUCUAAUAUCAGACAAAUGGUUGGAAAAUGAGUGCCUCAUUACAUUUUUUAUUCUGGACGUUAUCUUAGCGACUAAAUUUAUAUAUGUUUUAUAUAUAGUUUUAUUUAACGUUUGCGCUAAAUAGUUUAAUUACAGUCCUUCUAGAGCAAGGGAGCUGUUUAUCGGAAAUCAGGUUGUUCUCUCUUGGUCUGCCAGCUGGUACUGGGCGUGUUCUUUCAUUUGUGCGAGUCAUUCACAUGAACAUGGAUCAGAUGGAUCAGAGCUCGGCUGAAAGAGUCGCCCUGUCAAACAUGGACACGCAGGGUCAGAGUGGAGGAGAGCAGCUCAGAGGUGUGGACAGAGACAAAGCUCCUCCAUCUGCAGCCACUCCUGGUGAGGACCAUGACAAGCAGACCAGACCUCAGAGCUCAAAGCAACUUCCAUCAUUUGAAUCUGGACCUGGACUAAGAUCUCAGUAUCGACCUGCUCCCAGAUAUAUGUCUGUGAAGAGUGACCGGUCAAUUUCAAGAAUGAUUGACUUCAAAGCCAAACAUGAGUCUGGAGAACAAAGGUUCCUUCAGGAGAAACCAGAAGAGUCUGAACUCUGUGGCGUGUCUAUGAGUGACUGGUCAAGGGCGAGAAGCAUUGACUUCAGAGGUGCGCAGGAGUCACUAGAUAAGAGAGAAGAUCAAUUGAUCUCAGAUGUCCAGCAGCAUGAGACAGAUGUGGACUCCACAAUGCAGCACUUGGAUAUGAUCGUCCUGAACCAGGUGAAAAGGGAACUGAAGAGAGUUCACAGGUUUCUCAGUCCAGAUGACCAGACACACCUGGAUGAUGAGGAAGAGGAGGAACUGAUGUGUGAAGAGGAGCAGAUGAGGUGCAGCAGAGAAGCAUUCCUGAAGUACAUUGUGAACAUCCUGAGGAGCAUGAAGAACGAGGAGCUUGCUGAUCGUCUGUGGAGCAGAAGUCUUGCUGCAGGGUGUAAAGGACGACUGAAGAGGAGCCUGCAGAAGAAGUUCCACAAAGUGUUUGAGGGAGUUGCUAAAGCAGGAAGCUCCACCCCUCUGAAUCAGAUCUACACAGAGCUCUUCAUCACUGAGGGGGGCACAGACCGGGUCAACCAGGAGCACGAGGUCCGACAAAUCGAAGCAGCAGCCAGGACCCAGACCAGACCAGAAACUACCAUCAGACCAGAAGACCUCUUUACAGCCUCACCUGACAAAGACCGACCAAUCAGAUGCCUGCUGACGAAGGGCGUGGCUGGCAUUGGGAAGACCCUCCUGACACAGAAGGUGACUCUGGACUGGGCUGAAAACAAAGCCCACCAGAACUUCCACCUUGUGUUUCCUUUCACCUUCAGAGAGCUGAACCUGCUGAAAGAGAAGCAGUUGAGUUUGGUGGAACUUGUUCAUCUCUUCUUUCCUGAAACCAAAGAUUCCGGACUCAGCAGCUUUGAAGGAGUCCAGGUUCUGUUCAUCUUGGACGGUCUGGACGAGUGUCGACUCCCUCUGGACUUCAAUAGUCGAGUCCUGACAGCAGCUACAGAGUCCACUUCGGUCGAUGUCCUGCUGACCAACCUCAUCAGAGGGAAGCUGCUUCCCUCAGCUCGCCUCUGGAUCACCUCACGACCUGCAGCAGCCAAUCAGAUCCCUCCUGAGUGUGUGGACAUGGUGACAGAGGUCAGAGGGUUCACUGACCUCCAGAAGGAGGAGUACUUCAGGAAGAGGUUCAAAGAUGAGGUGCAGACCACCAUCAUCUCUCACAUCAGGAGCUCACGAAGCCUCUACAUCAUGUGUCACAUCCCCAUCUUCUGCUGGAUCACUGCCACAGUUCUGGAGGACAUGUUGAAGAGCAGAGAGAGUGGAGAGCUGCCCAAGACCCUGACUGAGAUGUACGUCCACUUCCUGGUGGUUCAGGCCAAAGUGAAGAAACUCAAGUACCAUGGAGGAUCUGGGACAGAUGAAGUUUGGGAUCCUGAGAGCAGGAAGAUGAUUGAGGCUCUGGGAAAACUGGCCUUUGAGCAGCUGCGGAGAGGAAACUUGAUCUUCUAUGAAUCAGACCUCACAGAGUGUGGCAUUGAUGUCACAGCAGCUUCAGUUUACUCUGGAGUCUUCACUCAGAUCUUCAGAGAGGAGAGAGGACUGUACCAGGACAAGGUCUUCUGCUUCGUCCACCUGAGUCUCCAGGAGUUCCUGGCUGCUCUUCAUGUCCACCUGAAGUUCUUCAACUCAGGAGUCAAUUUGCUCGAUUCACAACAAACACAGAAAGUGCCAAGACUCUUGAGAAACAGACUCCACACAGAACAGUUCUACCUGAGAGCCAUAAAUGAAGCUGUGAAAAGUUUAAAUCGACAUCUGGACCUGUUCUUGCGCUUCCUUCUGGGUCUUUCUCUGCCGACCACCCAGAGUCUCUUCCCUGGAUUGUUGACUCAGACAGGAAUUCACUCUUGGACCCACCAGGACACAGCAAAGCUCAUCAAGAAGAAGAUUAGCAAGAAAGUGUCUCCAGAGAGAAUCAUCAACCUGUUCCACUGUCUGAAUGAAGUGAAGGACACUUCUCUAGUGGAAGAGGUCCAACAGCAGCUGAGAUCAGGGAGUCUGUCCACAGAUCAACUGUCUCCUGCUCAAUGGUCCGCUCUGGUCUUCAUCUUAGUCUCCUCAGAGGAGCAUCUACGUGUCUUUGACCUGCAGAAAUACUGUGCUUCAGAGGAGGCUCUUGAGAGGCUGCUGCCAGUGGUCCAGGCUUCAAAUGAAGUUCUACUGAGAGACUGUCGACUGUCAGAGGGAAGUGGAUCUCUUCUGGCCUCAGUCCUCAGCUCUCCCUCCUCUAGUCUGACACACCUGGACCUGAGCAACAACAAGCUGGAGGAUCCAGGAGUGGAGCUGCUGUCUGCUGGACUGGAGAGUCCUCACUGUCACCUGGAGACUCUCAGGCUGAGGAUGUGUGAUCUCUCACAGAGAAGUUGUUCUCUUCUGGCCUCAGUCCUCAGCUCCCCGUCUUCUAGUCUGACACACCUGGACCUGAGCAACAACAGGCUGGAGGAUACAGGAGUGGAGCUGCUGUCUGCUGGACUGGAGAGUCCACACUGUCACCUGGAGACUCUCAGGUCAGAACACAGCAGCUCACCUCUUCAGUUCUGGUCCACAACUGGAUGGUUAUUCUUCUCGUUUUGGAGAGAGAAUUUUGCUUCACUUCUGAGCAUUAAAGUGUUGUGUCACUGUGACAUCGGCAUCUUCCACAGGCUGUGCUUCUGUCAGCUGUCACAGAGAAGUUGUUCCCAUCUGGCCUCAGUCCUCAGCUCUCCCUCCUCUAGUCUGACACACCUGGACCUGACCAACAACACCCUGGAGGAUCCAGGAGUGGAGCUGCUGUCUGCUGGACUGGAGAGUCCACACUGUCACCUGGAGACUCUCAGGCUGGUCUGCUGUCAGCUAUCACAGAGAAGUGGUUCCCUUCUCGCCUCAGUGCUCAGCUCUCCCUCCUCUAGUCUGACACAACUGGACCUGAGCAACAACGACCUGGAGGAUUCAAUAGUGGAGCUGCUGUCUGCUGGACUGAAGAGUCCACACUGUCACCUGGAGACUCUCAGACUGUGCUUCUGUCAGCUGUCACCGAGAAGUGGUUCACUUCUGGCCUCAGUCCUCAGCUCUCCCUCCUCUAGUCUGACACAACUGGACCUGAGCAACAACACCCUGUUUGAUUCAGGAGUGGAGCUGCUGUCUGCUGGACUGGAGAGUCCUCACUGUCACCUGGAGACUCUCGGGUUGAGAUUCUGUCAGCUGUCGCAGACAAGUGGUUCCCUUCUGGCCUCAGUGCUCAGCUCUCCCUCCUCUAGUCUGACACACCUGGACCUGAGCAACAACAACCUCGAGGACUCAGGAGUGGAGCUGCUGUCUGUUGGACUGGAGAGUCCUCACUGUCACCUGGAGACUCUCAGCCUGUCAGGGUGUAUGGUCUCACAACGAGGCUGUGCUUCUCUGGCCUCAGCUCUGAGCUUGAACCCAUCUCAUCUGAGAGAGCUGGACCUGAGCUCCAAUCUUCCAGAUGGACCUGGACUGGAGCUGCUGUCUGCUGCAUUGAACAGUCCAGACUGGAGGCUGGAGACUGGUGGAACAUUGUGGAUCACAAUAUUGAACAAUAGGAACUCUGGUACUGGGCGUGUUCUUUCAUUUGUGCGAGUCAUUCACAUGAACAUGGAUCAGAUGGAUCAGAGCUCGGCUGAAAGAUUCGCCCUGUCAAACAUGGACACGCAGGGUCAAAGUGGAGGAGAGCAGCUCAGAGGUGUGGACAGAGACAAAGCUCCUCCAUCUGCAUCCACUCCUGGUGAGGACCAUGACAAGCAGACCAGAACUCAGAGCUCAAAGCAACUUCCAUCAUUUGAAUCUGGACCUGGACUAAGAUCUCAGUAUCGACCUGCUCCCAGAUAUAUGUCUGUGAAGAGUGACCGGUCAAUUUCAAGAAUGAUUGACUUCAAAGCCAAAAAUGAGUCUGGAGAACAAAGGUUCCUUCAGGAGAAACCAGAAGAGUCUGAACUCUGUGGCGUGUCUAUGAGUGACUGGUCAAGGGCGAGAGGCAUUGACUUCAGAGGUGCGCAGGAGUCACUAGAUAAGAGAGAAGAUCAAUUGAUCUCAGAUGUCCAGCAGCAUGAGACAGAUGUGGACUCCACAAUGCAGCACUUGGAUGUGAUCGUCCUGAACCAGGUGAAAAGGGAACUGAAGAGAGUUCACAGGUUUCUCAGUCCAGGUGACCAGACACACCUGGAUGAUGAGGAAGAGGAGGAACUGAUGUGUGAAGAGGAGCAGAUGAGGUGCAGCAGAGAAGCAUUCCUGAAGUACAUUGUGAACAUCCUGAGGAGCAUGAAGAACGAGGAGCUUGCUGAUCGUCUGUGGAGCAGAAGUCUUGCUGCAGGGUGUAAAGGACAACUGAAGAGGAGCCUGCAGAAGAAGUUCCACAGAGUCUUUGAGGGAGUAGCUAAAGCAGGAAGCUCCGCCCCUCUGAAUCAGAUCUACACAGAGCUCUACAUCACUGAGGGGGGCACAGACCGGGUCAACCAGGAGCACGAGGUCCGACAAAUCGAAGCAGCAACCAGGACCCAGACCAGACCAGAAACUACCAUCAGACCAGAAGACCUCUUUACAGCCUCACCUGACAAAGAGCGACCAAUCAGAUGCCUGCUGACGAAGGGCGUGGCUGGCAUUGGGAAGACCCUCCUGACACAGAAGCUGACUCUGGACUGGGCUGAAAACAAAGCCCACCAGAACUUCCACCUUGUGUUUCCUUUCACCUUCAGAGAGCUGAACCUGCUGAAAGAGAAGCAGUUAAGUUUGGUGGAACUUGUUCAUCUCUUCUUUCCUGAAACCAAAGACUCAGGACUCAGCAGCUUAGAAGGAGUCCAGGUUCUGUUCAUCUUGGACGGUCUGGAUGAGUGUCGACUCCCUCUGGACUUCAAUAGUCGAGUCCUGACAGCAGCUACAGGGUCCACUUCAGUAGACGUCCUGCUGACCAACCUCAUCAGAGGGAAGCUGCUCCCCUCAGCUCGCCUCUGGAUCACCUCACGACCUGCAGCAGCCAAUCAGAUCUCUCCUGAGUGUGUGGACAUGGUGACAGAGGUCAGAGGGUUCACUGACCUUCAGAAGGAGGAGUACUUCAGGAAGAGGUUCAAAGAUGAAGAGCAGACCACUAUCAUCUCUCACAUCAGGAGCUCACGAAGCCUCUACAUCAUGUGUCACAUCCCCAUCUUCUGCUGGAUCACUGCCUCAGUUCUGGAGGACAUGUUGAAGAGCAGAGAGAGUGGAGAGCUGCCCAAGACCCUGACUGAGAUGUACGUCCACUUCCUGGUGGUUCAGGCCAAAGUGAAGAAACUCAAGUACCAUGGAGGAUCUGGGACAGAUGAAGUUUGGGAUCCUGAGAGCAGGAAGAUGAUUGAGGCUCUGGGAAAACUGGCCUUUGAGCAGCUGCAGAGAGGAAACUUGAUCUUCUAUGAAUCAGACCUCACAGAGUGUGGCAUCGACAUAACAGCUGCUGCAGUUUACUCUGGAGUCUUCACUCAGAUCUUCAGAGAGGAGAGAGGACUGUACCAGGACAAGGUCUUCUGCUUCGUCCACCUGAGUCUCCAGGAGUUCCUGGCUGCUCUUUAUGUCCACCUGAAGUUCUUCAACUCAGGAGUCAAUGUGCUCGAUUCACAACAAACACAGAAAGUGCCAAGACUCUUGAGAAACAGACUCCACACAGAACAGUUCUACCUGAGAGCCAUAAAUGAAGCUGUGAAAAGUUCAAAUGGACAUCUGGACCUGUUCCUGCGCUUCCUUCUGGGUCUCUCUCUGCCGACCACCCAGAGUCUCUUCCCUGGAUUGUUGACUCAGACAGGAAUUCACUCUUGGACCCACCAGGACACAGCAAAGCUCAUCAAGAAGAAGAUCAGCAAGAAAGUGUCUCCAGAGAGAAUCAUCAACCUGUUCCACUGUCUGAAUGAAGUGAAGGACACUUCUCUCGUGGAAGAGGUCCAACAGCAGCUGAGAUCAGGGAGUCUGUCCACAGAUCAACUGUCUCCUGCUCAAUGGUCCGCUCUGGUCUUCAUCUUAGUCUCCUCAGAGGAGCAUCUACGUGUCUUUGACCUGCAGAAAUACUGUGCUUCAGAGGAGGCUCUUGAGAGGCUGCUGCCAGUGGUCCAGGCUUCAAAUGAAGUUCUACUGAGAGACUGUCGACUGUCAGAGAGAAGUGGAUCUCUUCUGGCCUCAGUCCUCAGCUCUCCCUCCUCUAGUCUGACACACCUGGACCUGACCAACAACACCCUGUUUGAUUCAGGAGUGGAGCUGCUGUCUGCUGGACUGGAGAGUCCUCACUGUCACCUGGAGACUCUCAGGCUGCACUUCUGUCGACUGACACAGAGAAGUUGUUCUCUUCUGGCCUCAGUCCUCAGCUCUCCCUCCUCUUGUCUGAUACACCUGGAUCUGAGCAACAACAAGCUGAAGGAUUCAGGAGUGGAGCUACUGUCUGCUGGACUGAAGAGUCCACACUGUCACCUGGAGACUCUCAGGCUGCACAUCUGUCAGCUGUCAUACAGAAGUGGAUCUCUUCUGGCCUCAGUCCUCAGCUCCCCAUCUUCUAGUCUGACACACCUGGACCUGAGCUACAACAACCUGGAGGAUUCAGGAGUGGAGCUGCUGUCUGCUGGACUGAAGAGUCCACACUGUCACCUGGAGACUCUCAGGCUGUGGGUCUGUCAGCUGUCAGAGAGAAGUGGAUCUCUUCUGGCCUCAGUCCUCAGCUCUCCCUCCUCUAGUCUGACACACCUGGACCUGAGCUACAACAACCUGGAGGAUUCAGGAGUGGAGCUGCUGUCUGCUGGACUGAGGAGUCCUCACUGUCACCUGGAGACUCUCAGCCUGUCAGGGUGUAUGGUCUCACAACAAGGCUGUGCUUCUCUGGCCUCAGCUCUGAGCUUGAACCCAUCUCAUCUGAGAGAGCUGGACCUGAGCUCCAAUCUUCCAGAGGGACCUGGACUGGAGCUGCUGUCUGCUGGAUUGAACAGUCCAGACUGGAGGCUGGAGACUCUCAGGGUGGAUGACUGUGGAUUACAGCAUUAAACAUCUGAACCGUAGGAACUGUAAGUCUGGAUUUUAUCACCUGGAGUUCUCAGACCUGAACUUCCUACAGCGGCUUCCAGAACAAACCUUCUAUGAGCAGAUUUUGAAGACUGACAGUUGCAGUGCCACACGAAGGUUUGCCACUUCAGGUCCUACAGCUGGAAACCAGUGUGACUUGACCCUUCUCCUGAGUUCAGGAGCUUCAUUAAAUCCUGUUCCACAAAAAAACAACACUGGCAUUUGUCAGUCAGAUAUUAGAAGACAUCAUCAUCGUGUUCCCAACGUCAGACAGAUUCACCAACCGUCUAUAGUUCAGCUCCUGACUUUAUUGAGACAGAUCAUCAAGAACGUACUGGGAUGCUUCACUCUUCCUGCUGACUCUACUUGAUUGAAUGUCUCUGUUACUGGGAGGUGGAGAGGAGAGGAAGUGUAUCCUUCUGAUGAUGGUAGAUAUAAAGUCUAGAGCUCAGGUGUCAGUGACAGAGCUGGAGUGUUGGCUCCUCUGAAGGCUGACCUUCUUAAGCUUCUGUGGGAUUUGGACUAUAAAUAAAUAUAAUUUAUGUAUCGUAUUUUUUAAUUUUUAUUUUAAGGGAAUAAUUUAUAUCUCACUCAAGUAUAACCCACAGUAAUGCUGAAAUUUGAAGUAUCAUAUAUCUGGAAUAAAACGAGAUUUUGGAUCCUGUCGGACUCAAUCACGUAGGACGCGAUGUCUUCAAGACAUUAC